GCGGCGGGCAGUUGAGAGAGCCCCGGCAGCGCAAGCAACGAGAUAUCGAGCUUUCAUCGCCGGUUCUUUUUCCUCAAGCUCAAGGCUUUUGUAAUAGACGAGAUGGUCUUCAUCCUAGGCGUCAACUUCCCGGAGCGGAACCUCGUCAAGAAAUCCCUCGAGUCGUUCUUCGGCAUCGGUAACAACACCUCCUCGCGCCUGCUCGCCCGCUUCCACAUCCACCCGGCAUGCAAGGUCGGCGAACUGGGCAACAAGCAGGUCCUUGAUAUCACGGCCGCCCUGUCCGACAUGAAGAUCGAGAACGACCUCCGGAGAAAAGUCCUCGAGAACAUCAAACGGUUGAAGGAAACCGGUACCUACCGUGGUCGUCGCCAUGCACUGGGGUUGCCCGUUCGGGGACAAAACACUCGAAACCAGAUCAAGAACGCUGUCAAAUUCAACCGUAUCGAGAGACGACUUGGUUGA